UUUAACGCUGUUAUGACACGACUUUAUUUUGUAAACACACAUGGAUGGGAAAGAAGUAAGUUUAUGAACUACAGUAAUCCAUUUCUAACUCAGAACUGCCAAGUUUUCGGAAUGUUGCGUCUUGGAUUUCGGAGGUCUGGCUUGGUGUAUAAGGACACCAGAAGUAUGACAACAACAAGAAAGGUAGAUCUAUGUGGUAUUUUUCCACCUAUCGCUAUGUCGUUCAACGCGGACGAGAGUAUACGAUACGAUCAUCUCGAGGAGAACUUACGCCGCUGGAAUACAAUACCGUUCAAAGGUUAUGCAGUUCAUGGGUCAAAUGGAGAAUUUGCAUAUCUCUCGAAGGAGGAACGGAUAGAUAUUCUGAAGCAUGUGAAACGUUUUGCAACAGACGACAAGGUAAUCAUUGCUGGAGCUGGAUGUGAAUCUACGAGGGAUACAAUUCAGCUAUCCAGUGAGAUGGCGUCGGCUGGUGCUGAUGCACUGUUAGUAAUUACGCCUUGCUUCUACAAAAGCGGAAUGACCAACCAAGCCUUAUUACAGCACUAUACAAAGGUUGCAGACAGUAGUCAAGCUCCUAUAAUAUUAUACAGUGUUCCAGCUAAUACCGGCAUUGAUCUCAGUGUUGAGGUUAUAACCAAACUUGCUGCCCAUCCCAAUGUAAUAGGAGUAAAAGAAAGCGGUGGUGAUGUGGCUAAGAUUGGAUUAGUGGUCCAUCAGACCAAACAGCAUGACUUUCAAGUGUUGGCAGGCUCAGGCAGCUUCUUCCUCUCCGCAUGCACUGUUGGUGCUGUAGGAGCUAUUGCUGCCAUUGCUAACGUCCUAGGCUCUGAAAUGUGUCAACUUCAUCAACUAUUUAAGGAUGGCAAAAUGGAAGAAGCUGUCCGCUUACAGCAUCGUAUCAUUGCCCCUAAUGGAGCAGUUACAAGAAUGUUUGGUGUUCCCGGUUUGAAGAGAUCUAUGGAAUGGUUUGGCUAUAAUGGUGGCCCAAUGCGCUCACCGCUUCAACCACUCACAAGUGAACAGGAGGCACUUAUGAGGGCAGCAUUCAAGGAUAAUGGAUUCCUGUAAACCGUAGAGUUCACUAUAUAUAUUUGAGACUGAUUCAUAGAGCUAUUAAACAACUAGAGUGCUGACAAGAUGGCGAAGCAAUGCAGAGUUAUUUAUGUGUACCAUCCAAGAUGGCGGUCGUAGUAAAGCGCCACCUUCAGGCUUAGUAUACAUAUUAUU